AUGGAGCGGCGCCCCGGCCAUAUCACGCAGAGGCUGCUCGCGAAGAUGCGGACUUACCUGCCCCGGGAGGCUGGGCGUCCCGGGGUCGACACCGAGCCACUGGCGAUGAAGUACCUCACCACUCAGCUCAUGCCACGGCUCGGUCCCGAGCUGACCAAGCGGAACGAGGCCGAGCUCCGCAUCUUGGCCACAUGCUUGGACUCGCUCCUGGACGGGAACAUCGUGUACUGCACCGACCUCCUAUCGCAGCAGUUCAAGGCUGUGGAAAUGGCCCAGAGGGAGGGCUGGGCUGCGGCUCAGCACCUCAAUCCUCUGUACGACACGCUCGUGUCGGCCGUGGAGGAGGACGAGCGGGGCGAGCUCUACCGCGCCGAGCAGCAGGAGUUGAAGCGCGCGGAACUCAAGAGCAGGAUCGCCACCGCUCAGGGGACUCCAGCGCCGUGGCGGAGCUCCGCCAACGCGAGGGUGCGCCACUCGGAGGAGGUCGUCCAGGGGCUCUUCGACCCGUCGGAGUCCGCGAGCGUCUACCCGAGGAGCCCUCCCCGUGCCAGAGACGGCGGAGGUGGCAGCCGGGGCUCGGACGUGAGGAAUUCACAGUCCAGACCUCGGGGCCCGGACUCGCCGCCCCGGGACGUCGGCAAGAGCCGCGGCAAGAAGGGCAAGGAUGGCCAGGGCAAAGGGAUCUGCUUACAUGUCUUGCGCUGGCGCGCCAUCUUCGUGGGGGGGUCCAGCUCGCCGCCGUCCUCGCGCGAGCUGCUCCCUUUUGCCACGUCGCUGGGCUUAUCUCCAUACCGCCAGCACGCCGAGUACGCCCGCCUCCUCGCAGAGGGUGACAAAGCCGGCAGGUGUGCCUUGCCGAGGCCCGCGGCUGGGCUCGACGAGUGGCUGAUCCUUGUCAUGCUUGGGUUGAACGCCCUCUGGGACGGUUCACGGGCCAUUGGCCGGCAGCCAUGCGGGAUGCCAGCACAGGGGCCGUCGAUGGCUCAAGUGGUGUGCUUCUGGCACCUGGAGCGCAAGAUCCAUAGCUUCGUGACCACGCCUGGGAUGAGCGUCGCCGCCGAGGCGCCCGAUGAGCUGUUUGCCAAGACGGAGGUCAGCUACGGCGGAGACGUCGUCCAGAGGGCACUGGAGCUGACGUGGGAGCAGAUAGAACCUGCGCUCCCUCCCGCCGAUCGGUGCGGUAAGUUACGGGCCGUCGAUUUCUGCGAGCCGCGUGUCAGGCGCUACCUCGAGGAACCGUUCGAGAUGCUGCUGCCGCUGGAUGGGUUCCGGUCGCGGCCGAGGCCAGGGAAGGUCAUGGCCUCCUCCACGGAGAUCGUGCGCAUCGGCCGCGGUCUUCUCGAGAGGGGCCUCGUGGCUCCAUUGCGGCGCCGUGACCUGCUGCACAUCCAGGGGGAUCCCGUGGUGAACGGCAUGUUCGGCGUGCUCAAGGACGACCUCGUCACUACCGGGCCGUUGGCCGGGCAGCCGCAGCUGAGGUUGAUCAUGAACCUCACCGCGUCCAACGAGCUCAUGGGCGAGCUCCCCCUCGACAUCGCGAAGCUUCCAUAUUACGCGCAAUGGCGCAACAUCGUCAUCGAUGUGGGGGAGGAAUUGGUAUGGGCCCACGACGACAUGAAGGGGGCAUUUUACCUUUUCUCAUUGCCGCCCCAGUGGGCAGCGCUCUUUUGCUUCGAUGUCGCCUUCGACCCCAUCGAGUUGGGCAUCCACGACUGGGGGCACGAGCCCGUCUGGCUGGGCGCGACCACGGUCCCCAUGGGCUGGCGCAACGCCAUGGGCCUGUUCCAGUACCUGCACCGCCGGCUUCUGAUGUCAGGAGGCGUGCACCCGCGCGGAUUGCCCCUGCGGCGCGAAAUCCGGAAAGACAAACCCUUUCCGAUUGUCCGCUCUGGCGACGCCGAGUUCGACGAGCUAUGGCAGAUCUACUGCGACGACGCCGACUAUGGCAAGCUGGUCAACAAGCAGGAGCAGUGGUGCCAGGACCUAUCCCAGGCCUCCUGUUUUUCGGAGGCCGCCCGCACGCGUUACGAUGAGUGGGCGGUGCCGCUUAGUGCUAAGAGCGGCACUAAUCGCAGUUCGGUCUCCAGGCUCGGGGCGUUGUUGGAUGGGGCCGACGGGCGCCUUCGGCUCACGCCGAAGAGGGUUGGGUUACUUACCCGCCUCUCGUGCCACUGCAUCGCGUCGCCCGCGGUGCGGCGCAAGCAGCUGGAGAUCGUCAUCGGCCACUGGGUGCACGCCGCUUCCUACCGGAAGGAAUGCAUGAGUUGCUUCCAGGAGGUGUGGGACGUCCUAUCCCACUGGGGCGGAGGUCCUCGCGCGCUGCCGGAGGGAGCCCGUCGGGAGCUCGUCCUGGCCUUCGCGCUGCUCCCGUGCUUCGAGUACGACUUCCGCAGCCCCAUCUCGCGCGUCAUGACGGCCUCGGACGCCAGCGAGCACGGCGGGGGCGUCACGUACACGUCCAGGCACACCGCUGACGGUCGCGCCGCGGCUCUUUGUGAGCUGGCAGGCGGCUGCGCUCAUGGUCGCGACCUCCUCGUGCUCAUUGAGGUCGGUGGCUGCGGUCGCGGCCGCAUGGCAUUCGACAACGUCGGGCUCGAGCUCUCGCUGCACGGGCUGCUGUCGCUCACGCCUGACGCUGGCCGCUGCUCGCGGGGUGCUUUUGGCCGCGCCGCUCACGCCACCGACCUCGCCCUCAUCUGCCACAUCGGGCCUGGGCUGGAGCUGGAUGCCAACCUGCCCCUGAUUCGCUCCGCGCAGCGUAUCUUGCAGCGCGAGGGGGCCGGGUUGAGGGUCUGGCCGGCGUGCCUCGCCGCGCCUUCGACCUCGCGCGAGCAGGUGGAGUCUGCCACGCGCGCCUUCCGCUCCGUGCCUCUCUUGAUGGACGUCUCGACCCUGACCGAGAGCGCAGGCUGCGAAUAUUGUUGGCUGAGCUGGCCGCUGGCUGGUGGGAGUCACCUGCGGUCGUCGCGGCGGCCGGGCCACAUCUCCCUGAGCUGGUCCGAGUCCACCCCAGCAGCCCCACCGGCGGCCGCAAGCGCCGGCUUGCGAAGUGCAAGGGCCGGGCGAGGCGCAGGCAGGUGCCCGCUAGGGAAGGAUUGCCCCGCUGGGACCAGGCAGCGGAAUUGCGUGCAGUGCCGCGCGCUCAAACUGGGGUUCCCGCACGACUUCUUCCUCUUCGCUCGGAGCCGCAAGUCAGGUUGCACGUCGGAGGCCCUCGAUCAGGCUCGCCACGCUGUGGCAGAGCAGUGCGGGUCCGUGGCCCCUCUUGCUUACCUGGUCGGGCUGUGGGGCUGGCAGAGGGGCUUCCUGCCCGAUGCCCCAACUCCCGACUCGGCACGCGGCUGGCUGUCUACCACAGGCAGCGCUUUUGUCGAGCGCCUGGCCGGGACGGCGAUUGAGGAGAUCACCUGCGCAGAUUCGCAUCAGCUCUCGCUCGAGGCCAUGGUCCGCUCCACAAUUUUCAAGGGGUCGGACGUCCGGAUCGCGACGGCCUCCUUGUGCGACCCCAGCAGCUGGCCGCGCAGCGGUAUCCCAGCAGCCAGGUGGGACUGGAUGACUUGCCAGGCCUGGCGUUGGCGCGACGCCGAGCACAUCAACGAGCUCGAGCUGCGCGCCGUGCUCAGCAGCGUCCGGUGGCGCCUGCGGAGCACCAUACAAAUCAAUUCGCGCUUCUGUCACCUCCUGGACUCGCAGGUGUGCAUCGGAGUGCUGUGCAAGGGGAGGUCGUCCGCCCGGGGCCUCCAGAAGAUUCUCGCCCGCGUCGUCUCAUUGCUGCUCGCCGCUAGCCUCCACCCGCACUGGGUCUAUGUGAGGUCGGCGGACAAUCCCGCCGACGCCGUCGACGAGGCGGCUGCUGACUAUUUGGAGGCGCUGUGGGACGACGGAUCGUCCCGCAGCGAGGCCGCCGACACACUCUCGGGGCUUCAGCACCUGGUGCCGAGCCUCCGGCGCGAGCUCAAGGAAAGCUGGCGCCUGCUCCGCACGUGGGACCAGAAUGAGAUGCCUAGCCGAGCCCCGCCGUUACGACCAGAAGCGGCGGUUGCCGUGGCUGGCUUUACGCUUGCCGACCGCCGUGAAGAUGUGGCCGCCGCAGUCUUGGUGGGCUUCAACGGCAUCCUGCGCCCCUCCGAGCUGCUGAUCUCGGCGCGCAGCAAGCCCCUCCGAUUCUGUGUCUUUGACCACAGCAAGCGCACAUGCGUGGUCAACCUUGGGCUGACCAAGGGCGGCAAGAGGCAGGGGUGCCCUGGGGACGUCAUCGUCGAUGACGAGUUCGCCUACUUGCUGCUCCACCGCGCGCUUGCGGGCCGCCCGGCCGGCAGGGCUCUCCUGCCGAGAGGGCUCGCGAACUUACGCGCAGCCUUUGCCACCUACCUCGGCAGGGCGGGCUUCGACCCUAGCAGGGUUAAGCCCUACAGUAUACGCCGCGGCGGCGCCACUCAUCAUUUUGCUUCGCUGGGCAAUAUGUCCCUUACGUGCGAGCGCGGCCGCUGGCGCUCCAAAGCGACGGCCAAAAUUUACGUCGUGGAGGGGAAGGCCGCGCUGGAAGCCAUCAAGCUUAGCAAAAAGCAGCGGACAGCUUUGGACCUGGGGCAGCAGCUGUUCCACAAACACAUCACGCGCAUCCUGAACAGCCUGAG